AAGUCAUAUCAGGGAAAGGCUGUCCAAAGCACGGAGCCUACUUUGGGAGGCUAAGGAACAAACACUUUUCAAUGGUCAUUUUGUGAUCGCUGCAUUUCCUGUAGGUUUGCGUUUAAGUGUUUCUAUCAGAUAUUUUUAUUUUCUUCGGAGGAGUGUUGUUUUAGAGGAAUACAAGGCAAACAAAUUGCAUUAAACGCUUCCAAAGCCGGGAAACUUGGAUGAAAAACCAGCAGAACAGAACAUCACUGUGAAGAGGAUGAGAGAAACCGACCAGCGUCACUUGAAUGGGUGAUAAUGCGGGAUCACACGUCUGCUGCGAACGUGGAGGAACGGCUGAGGCAGUCUCAGAUGGAGUUGCAGUGGAUCCAGAGACAGCUGGCUAUCAUCGGUGCCAGAAACAAACACAAUCAUCACCUACUCGCCAAGUGCAAGAGUAGAUAUGAGGUUACAUCCCAGCAAGCUACGGGACACUUGGUCCACAAUGUGAGCCGCUUCCGCCUGCUGGAGGAGAGAAACAGAGCUCUCAGGCUUGAGGUUGCCACGCUACGACAAGAGAAACAGCAGUAUAGGAAACUGAGAGCAAAGCUCCAUGCUGCCUUGCAGGAGAAAAAUCGUCUGAACCUCGAGCUGAUCACACACCACCUGAAGACGUCCAAGUAUGACCAGGUGCGAUCAGACUGUGACCAGCUGAGACAGACCUUAGCUGCAGUGAGCCAGGAGAGAGACGUGGCCCAGCAGCAGAGGAGCCAACUCCAAGGCAGAGUGGAGAACCUGGAGCAUGUUCUGAAGCAUAUGCAUGAGGCUGUGGAGCUGAAGCAGCAGCUGCAGAUAGAGCAUGAGCAAGCCUUGGUGGCCCUCCACAUCAAGCAGAAGGAGAUCAAUCAACUGCAAAAGGUCAAGGUUUGUGACCUGGAGCAGAGAUGCAGGUCACAGAGUGAACACUUCCAUCAGCUGUCCAACGAGCUGCUGAAUUUCCGUUUGCAAUCAGAUACUGCGUACAUCCCUAAAAUAAACCCUGAUUCCAGAUUCCAGAUCCCUCUGUCAGCAGAGAAAAAAGUCAGCCUUGGAUUUGAAGCCCAGACAAAGACAGGCGAUGAGAGCGCAGCAGACCCGCCGCUACUGAUCUCCCAGUUCUUACCCCGCCAACCACAGACUGGAGACAGGAACAGACAGGACCUGCUGUCUGUCAAACCCAGCACCGUGACAACGGACCGCCCCAGCAGCCCUCGACAGCGGACCCCCUCCGAGAUGGAGGAUGAGGCCAGCCCCUCACCCAGGUCUAAGCCUCGCUACACAGGCCAGGUCCGCCUUUGCACUGCCCGAUACAGCUAUAAUCCUUAUGAUGGACCAAACGAGCACCCUGAAGCAGAACUCCCCCUUGUGGCUGGGAAGUAUCUGUACGUGUACGGAAACAUGGAUGAUGACGGCUUCUAUCAAGGGGAGCUGCUCGAUGGCCAGCGAGGACUUGUUCCUUCCAACUUUGUGGAGUUUGUCCAGGACAAGGAAAAACUAGCGAUUCAGUCCGGUGAUGGAGGGGAGGACCGGGUCUCACGGGACCAUAUGUCCCUGGCCUUGGUGGCAGUUGAUGGAGGCUCCUCCCUAGAUGGCCCUCUGGGCUCAUCUAACGCCUUGGUUCCCUGUAGCAAUGGGACAGGGGGGCCCCUGGACCCUGAGGACCUGGCGGAAGACGUUGUGCCUUAUCCCCGAAAGAUCAACCUGAUCAAGCAGCUGGCACGGAGCGUCAUUGUGGCUUGGGAGUCUCCACUCGUGCCUUUAGGCUGGGGGAACAUCUCCGGUUACAACGUGUUGGUGGACGGGGAGCUCCGGGCCAGUGUGGCAUACGGCGGCCGCACCAAGAGUCUGCUGGAGAAGCUGGACCUGGACGGCUGCGUGCACCGCGUGUCCGUGCAGAGCAUCACGGACCGCGGCCUAUCAGAUGAGCUGCGCUGCACCCUGCUGGUGGGAGCCAACGUGGUGGUGGCGCCCUGUGGCCUCCGGGUGGACGACAUCCAGCGCGACACCGCCGAGCUUUCCUGGUUGCCGAGCAACAGUAACUAUGGCCACACCGUGUUCUUGGACGGGGCGGAGCAUGCGGUGGUAAAGCCGGGAAGAUAUAGACUACGCUUCAUCAAUCUGAAGCCCCUGACAGUUUACAAAGUGUCGGUGGUGGCACAGCCACACCAGGUGCCAUGGCAACUGCCGCUGGAGCAGAGAGAGAGGAAAGAAGCCGGCGUGGAGUUCUGCACUCAGGCGGCAGGUCCAACACCAUAUUGCAGAACAGGCCCCCCCCAGCCUCCCCUUGAUGUGCAGGUGCUUUGUGGGCAGGCUCCAGGGGUCCUACAGGUACGCUGGAAGCCCCCCAUCCUCUCCCCAACUGGCACAUCUAACGGGGCCAAUGUGGUUGGUUACGCAGUGUGCACUAAAGGACAGAGGAUCGCUGAGGUGUUGUUCCCCAUGGCCGACUACGUCACUGUGGAGCUGACGAGGAUCCAGUGCCUGGAGGCGAGGGAAGUCAUCGUCAGGACGCUGUCCGUGCAGGGAGAAUCCCAGGACUCCCAAGUUGCCGUCAUUCCAAACAAUCUCCUCGUGCCUCCACCUGCGAUACCCCUGCCCCCGCCAAUGCACCCCCACGCAGGCCCCCCGCCACACCCCCACCCUCAACCUCAACCCCACCUCCAAUCCCCUCACCAUCCUCACGCACCACACCAACUCCCCGGUCAACCCCAGGCACAAGGACAACAGCUCCCACCUCACCCUCAACCCCAUCCCAGGCACCCCCACCCAGGCGGACCCCAGCAGCCCCAGCUUCGUCCGCCACAUCCUCAGCCCCUACACCUUCAGCCCCGCCUCCCCCACCAAGGUCCCAGGCCCCAGCACCAACUGCCUCUGCUACCCCACCCUCAUCACCACCCUAUACCUCAGAGACCAGUAUGUGCCAGAGACCUGGAUGCCAAAGAGCACGCCGCCCACCAAGGGGGGGCCUUCCCACCGGGCCAGCCGGGCUGGGACCCCUCUCGCUCUCCCUCCUCCCAGCCUCCCGGGCCCAUGCAAGGCCACACUCUUGAGGCCCCUCCCUCUGCUAAUCUACGCUCCCCCUCCCCCCAGAGGAUCCUCCCUCAGCCCAGAGGCACGCUCAUCCCGGACACCGUGGCCAAAGCCAUCGCACGAGAGGCAGCGCAGAGGGUGGCAGCAGAGAGCGGCAAGGGCGACAGGAGGCAGGUCAGAUACGGAGAGCAGGGUCGUACGUUUCACCAGCAUCACUCUGACGAGGAAGAGGAGGAUGAGGAAGGGUUUGCACGUGGCCGCCGGAGAGGACCCUCAGUGGAUGAGUUCCUCAGAGGCUCGGAGCUUGGGAGGCCGCCUCACUAUAGUCACAAUGAAGAUUAUCACAGCGAGAGCAGCCGGGGCUCUGACCUGUCUGACAUCAUGGAAGAGGAUGAGGAGGAGCUGUACUCUGAGAUGCAGCUGGAAGAGGGACGUCGACGCAACUCGCACAACACACCCAAGAACAACACUUCUGGAGGCCGCCAUGACCGAGACGGGAGAAGAGUUCACCACGGUGGCUCGCAGCCUCAGAGACGACCUCUGAUGGUCCCGUCCAUUGAGGUAACCUCUGAGAAUAACAGUGAGGGAAACCCCGUCACCGAGGAUGUUUAUGGCAGAGUAGCUCGGCACAAGACGCGGUCGUCCCGCAGGCAAACGGGCGGCACCAGGUCUCCCCAUGAUGGAUACAGGGAUCGGGAUCGGGAUCGCCGCUCCCCCACAUACUACGAUGAGUCGGAGCCGGAGGAGUCCUUCCGGAUCUUCGUGGCCCUCUUUGACUACGACCCUCUGUCCAUGUCCCCAAACCCAGACGCAGCUGACGAGGAGCUGCCCUUCAAAGAGGGGCAGAUCAUUAGGGUGUACGGUGAUAAAGACACAGAUGGGUUCUACAGGGCAGAGGUGAGGGGCCGGAUGGGGCUGAUCCCCUGUAACAUGGUGUCAGAGAUCAGAGCUGAGGACGAGGAGACCAUGGACCAGCUCAUCAAACAGGGCUUCCUGCCCCUCAGCACCCCCGUGGACAGAUUAGAGCAACACAGAAGAGGCCUCCGUCGAGAUCAGGCCUCCCGGAGGAUGGUGGCUCUGUACGACUAUGACCCCCGAGAAAGCUCCCCUAAUGUUGAUGUCGAGACUGAGCUGACCUUCUGUGCUGGUGACAUCAUGGCUGUGUUUGGAGAUAUUGAUGAAGACGGAUUCUAUUAUGGUGAGAUCAACGGCCACCGCGGUCUGGUUCCCUCUAACUUCCUGGAAGAAGUGCCUGAUGACGUGGAAGUGUAUCUGACCGACACCCCGUCCCACCACCCCCAGGAAGAGCCUGCCAACCGGCCCCCCGCCAACUCUGCGGCCAGUGUCUCAGAGGGCAAACGGGUCACCACAGAAACCACCGACACGGUCGACAACGGCGCCACGCCUGUCCGAGCACCGUCCCCCAUCGCUCGGCCCCUCCUCCCAGGCACCAUGAGACCCCUCAGCCCUGCGAGGGGCCCCCGCCUCCCUCUGGAGCCCCGGGACCCCCGGGAUGAGGACAUGGCGAACAAGAAGAAGAAAGGACUCCUCUCCAAGGGGAAAAAGCUCCUGAAGAGACUCUCUCCUGUGAAAUAAGAAGGAAGAGCGAACACAAGCCGGGCUCUGUAUAUUGCAUCCAUGCAAUCAACUCUGAUCCAACAGCACAUGACAGAGAGGAUGGACUGUGAGCCUAUUUUAAUAUAACAAGUGAUACAAUUAUUCAUGUACGGAUACAAAUCAAGUAAAUUAUGUACAGUGCAGUGCCAAAAUCAAGAGAGGUCGCCUGCAGACACAAAAACAUAUUACUGUGAUGUAUUUUAAAUCAACGGAUGACUUAAAAAAACAAAAAAACUAGGAUUUUCAUGACAUGUUUUUUCUUUAUUGUAAACCAAUUUCUUUCAAGCAGGGUAGCUGUGAAAACCAAGCAUCUGGUUACAUCUCAGUUUCUUUCUUUUCGAGGCAAACAAAAACAUUUAUGUGGAGUAUUGAUGUUGCCACUUCAAGGAAACAGAGACCAUACUCCUCCAAGAAAAACAAAAAAAAGACUACACUGUUAUCGAGGCAUUCUGUGAAGUAAUGCCGGCUGCUAACACAAAGGCUUUAUUCAGUGCAAUAUCAUAGAGAGGCGGUAGCAUAAUGUGGGAGGAAUUGAAUUGUUUCUACCUGUGGUUUCAGCAGAGGGGAGUUUUUCUGUGAUGAAAGGCAUUUUUUUCUAACAAGUAUAUCAGAUUGGCAACAGGGCAUUACACGUCAGAGACACCGGGUGGCUCAGUUGUCUCAGUGGCCUUUAUGAAAACAAUAUGAGCGUGACAUUCCUCGUUUGAUUCACACCAGGGUUUUUUUUGUUUCAUGACUUGUCUUCUCUGAGAGUUAAAUAAGAGCAGAAGUGUUUGUUGUCCUCGCUGUCAAACUGUCAUGAAACGCCUAGUUCUAAAGACUACAUUUUGUGUCUGUCUUCCUAUUGCACAAAGGUGGUUUUUGAUUGGUUAAAGAUGUGUUGUGUGCCUGUGUGUGCGAGUAUGUGAGGCCGUUCAUGUUUUGCACCGCUCAUGUUUCAUGUUCACUUUUCAUUUAUUUUCUGGAGAGGAGAGGUCAUGCAUUCAUUGGUCCUGUGAUUUAGUGAUGUGCUGCUACCUCCAUUGCCUGUGCACUGUUCAGUUUUGAUGUCUCAUGUUGAUAUAGCCGGCAAAGUUAAAGAGGAAUCUAGAAUGAUUUAACAUUUUGUAUCUGGUAACCAUUAUUCUCUACAUGACUUUUACUCACAGAACAUAAGGAGUAUAUAUUAUAGGGAUUGUGGUAAAGAACACAUUUUAUUCCUAUGAUCUUGGAUAAUUUACCUACUUAUGAAAUAAGCACAUGCACUCAAACUCUGGAGACUGCCGAGUUUCAUUUAUUUAGAAAGAAGCAAACCUAUUUGGAUAAUCCCACAAGAUUUGCACCGAGAAAUGUCAUCAGGUCAGUCAAAAGCACUAAACAUUCUGCAGACUGUCACACUGACUGCCUACCAUUGCUGUUUCUCAUAUAUUGUCAAUUCAAAAAGCUCCAACAUUUGUCUCAAUUACAAGAUAGAUGACGCUGCAUCAAGUGAGAACAAUACUGACAUUUUAAUUAAGGUCGAUUACUGAAACUGAGUGACAGCAUUUAUUAUUAAAUAGUUUUUGACUUGAUUUGAAUUCAACAUUGCCAGACAAACAACUUUUUAAUAGUUUUUGCUGGUUUUCACUAAAUUGCAAAGCCUUCAGUUUGGAAAUCAAAUAAAGUUUUGAUUAGUCGCUCCAAAAUGCGACGAAAAACAACACUGAACUUUAAUAUCAUUUAAACUAUAAUGCAAACAUGAUGGACACACUGAUUUCAUAUCUAAGUCCCAGCAAAUUAUUCAAACAUAUUUAUCUGGGACCUGAACACAACCCAAAUCCCUCAGUUUGUUCUUACUUUAGAGGAUUAUUGUGUGUGUGUGUAAAUUAUACAAGAUUAUAGAAAUAAUGCAACUUGGAUUACUGAAAGAAUUCCAACAUUAUGUGUGUUGUGGUGCUCUAACUGGAGGGAUAGUAUGUCGUAUAGCUUUAAUAAAUUGAAAACGUCUAUCUCUGCUUAGUUUUUAUAAUAUAUCAGAUUAAUCUUCAGUUUUCCUCAUGUCGAGUUGCUUCUUUCUCCUCAUUAUUUAUUCAUAUUGUUGAUUAAAGGCAAUGACAAGUGAGGGUUUUGCCAAAAUGGAAUGUAAGAAAGGUUUGGCUGGUUGUGUUUAUUUUCUCAUCAUAAAGUUACACACUUCGUCAACAUGGUGUCCCAAUACCAAAAUCAUUCACUCGUGAAUGGGUGUAGUGACUCUGAACGCUGUAGCUCUUUUGUACUUUUAAUCCAUUUGUAGAUAAUUUCUUAAUGUUUCUACUUGAUUUUACGACAGCCUUUUUGUUAGUGCACUGAGAGUUCCUCUCCCUGUAACAGACUGCGAGCAUUCUCCAUAGUGCCCUUUUAAUCAGAUGUAUCGGUCCACCGUAUGUGCUUGCUUUGUGAAUCAAAGGUUCAAAAAAGAAAAAAAAAAGGCUAAGAGAAAUCAUUGGACAGUAUUUAUGGUGAUUCAUUAUGUGUGGGUGUGCAUGUGAAAAAAUUCAACUUUUAUAACCAAAUUAAAUUUGAUAUUUUUUAGAAAUGCCUUGUCCACAUUCAUUCGUGUGUGUCUUGUUUUCACUGGAGGGGACAGGCCAGACGAUGUGUUUAAGACAGCAGGAAAUAUUGUGCGCUUCUGACCCUUUAAAAACAAAUGUUAGUAGGCGACACGAAUAUCCAUGUUCUCUGGGGACCUACUGGAGUUACACAUCAGUCUUUUUAUGGACUGGACAAUUCUGAAAGUGAAAAGCAAAAUUGUAUUUGAAUAACUUUGUCUAUUUGGGUCUUUAGAUAUCUCCUUAGUUGACCAAAGAACGCAUCAAAUAAUGCCUCACUCGCUUAUUUGAACAAAAACAUUUCCGAGAACUUGUAAAACAAAUAUUAAUCAUCUUCAUGUCAGUCUUCAACUUUGUCUUAUAUUUGUUUACCCUGUAUACAAAUAAAUACCAG